GCUUGAUGAGAUCUGUCGCUCAGACGAGCUGUAACGGGACGGGCUGAGGCGCUUAAUCCGUCCGCUUCACAUGCAAACACAAUAACCCGCUCAAACUUACAGUUUCACCCUUGAUAACAACAACGUCAACCGCAGGCAAUCAUGGAUAUUGACGUGCCUGUUAUUUUGUCCGCACUUUUCUUUACGAUUAUUGCCAUUAUAGUUGCAUCGACGCUUCUGGCGAAGAAACCGGAGCAAAAAAAAGAUCAGAAACAGAAACAACACGAGGAGAGAUCAGAGCGGGUUACUGCGUAUCAGCAGCCCAGAGAGGAGCGACCCUCCCCGGCUCCUGCUCCUGCUCCUGCUGCUGCCCCCGUACAGGAGCUGGUUACUGAAAAGAAAAGGGAAGAGCCCGCUCCAGUCGCUCCAGUUGUAGAAGCUGAAGUCAUCGCGGUGAAACAAACACCUGUACAGGCAGAGAUUAAGGCUGAGGAGAAGGCAGCUGUUGAGCCCAAACAGGAAGAGCCCGCUGCUGUCGCCCCUGUGAUUGAGGAAGUCGGUGUUGUAGAGGAACAGCCUGCAGUUGAACCAGAGGUUAUCCCUGCACAAGAAACGCCUGUCCAGGCAGCUCCAGAGCCCGAGCCUGUAUCCAAAGCAGUCGUAGAAUCCGCACCUGUGGAAGAGCCCGUCCCAGUGCAAGAGCCAGUGCCUGAGCAGGCUCCCAUCAAGUCACCAGAACCAGUGACUGCGCCAGUAGAAGAGCCAGUGAAGGAGUCUGUCCCAGAACCAGUGGCUGCCCCAGUAGAAAAGCCAGUGAAGGAGUCUGUCCCAGAACCAGUGGCUGCCCCAGUAGAAGAGCCAGUUAAGGAGUCUGCCCCAGAACCAGUGGCUGCCCCAGUAGAAGAGCCAGUGAAGGAGUCUGUCCCAGAACCAGUGGUGGCUGCCCCAGUGAAGGAGUCCGUCCCAGAACCAGUGGCUUCCCCAGUAGAAGAGCCAGUGAAGGAGUCUGUCCCAGAACCAGUGGCUGCCCCAGUAAAAGAGCCAGUGAAGGAGUGUGUCCCAGAACCAGUGCCUGAACCUGUCCCAGAGGUGCCCGUCCCUGAACCCACCCCCGAACCAAUAUCAGUGCCUGCCCCAAAAAAAACAUCUGCACUCCGCUCAAAACCUGUUUCUGUGCCAACCCCUGAACCAGCGCCCGUCCCAGAGCCAUCAUCCGCACCCGCCCCCGAAGCAGCAUCUGUGGCCGUCCCCGAGAGCUCACCCGUGGCCGAAUCCCUUCCAGAGGUCCUAGAGAAUAAUGAUGUGGCCGCCGCUUUAGUGGCAGACGAGGGCGAGGCCGGUAACAAGAGGACCGCCAAGUUUGAGAAGAGAAUGACCAAUGCAGAGAUGGAGGAGGAGCAAAGGAUAGAGUUGACAAAUGACUUUACCGCUCUUUAAACAGCACCAGGCAGUAUGCCUGUGUCAGACCUCUGAGUUCCUGAGUGAGCAGAAAUCGUGUGGAAAAGUGUGUCCCCUAAAAAUCAAUCUCAAGGACCUUUGUGAAGCGACUUCUUCGUUUGACUGUCUCUGAAAUAUGUUGGAUGAUGGAAACUGGGUUUUUCUUCUGUUUUCUGUACAGGCUACUUUGCAUUUCUGCCUGUGAAUAGCAAGCUUAUUAAAGCAAAACACCAAAGAACAUUAACAUAUGAAUAUUGUAUGUUCCUGCUCUUCUGAAAUACCAUCACGCCCCCUUGUGGACACACACACACACACCGCUUUGACCGUCACAGGCUGAUGGGAAAUGUGCUCACACUGCAGAGUCACACAUCUGUAUAAUGAAAUGCAGAAGCCAUAUAGAUUUUUCUGUUGUUGGUAAAGUUAAAUAAAUAGGUGAAUCUCAAAAUCAUGUUAUUGUCCAGGAGACAUUUAACCCCAGAAUCAGAAGAGAUUUGACUUUUUUUUUUCUUCUCUAAAAAAAAAAAAAAAAAAACUUUUUUUUUUUGCAUGCUUUUGCAAUGUUUUUUUUUUCUGCAUUAUCGUAAUGAGAAUAUAAUUUAGGUUUUGCUGUGAAAUGUGACUUUGACAGGGUUUCGUGCGAUUCAUCCUAUGGCUUUUGUAAUAUCAAUUACAAUAAAGCGCCAAAUUUGA